GGUUCAAGAUGGAGAUUUACAACCAGUUUCGUGGUCUGCUGGACCAGUAUCUGCCUCAGGCGGCCAACAUGGUCGGCGUUGAGAUGGAUACGGCCACCAUCCGCCAGUCUGAGCUGCAGCUCUUCCAGUUUUUCAACCCGGAUGUGACCUCGCUCAACCUCGAGCCCCGCAACUGGCCCAUGAUGCGAUUGGAAGAAGCCUUGGUGCUGGUGCUUGUCUACUUGGCCUUUGUUUUGGUCGGCAGCACGAUCAUGAAGUUGAUCUUCGGCUCCAAGCCCAGCCCCUCGGGUGGCCGUGACCUCCUCAAGCCUUUUAUGUUGCUUUACAACGCCAGCCAAGUUGCUCUCUGUGCCUUUAUGAUCUACCGUGCCGUCACCGUUUACAUGGAGCAGGGCUACAAGCCCUUUUGCAACGCCUUCUCGCUCCGCAACUCGGAAAUGGCCUCGGUGACUUGGCUUUUCUACAUGAGCAAGAUUCUUGACUUUUUCGACACGGUCUUCAUUGUCCUUCGCCGCAAGUGGACCCAGCUCAGCUUUCUGCACGUGUACCAUCACUCGAGCAUCUUCAUGAUUUACUGGUUGAACGCCAACGUGGCCUACGACGGUGACAUUUACUACACGGUCAUCUUGAACUCUUUCAUUCACUUUAUCAUGUACUUUUACUACGGUGUCACCUCCAUCGGCCUGCGCGUCCCCACUGCCCUCAAGCGCCUGAUCACCCACUCUCAACGCAUCCAGUUUGUGGCCAUGAACAUCCAGGCGGCCAUCCUCCUGAGCCAGGGCUGUGCGUUCCCCAAGAACGUGACCAUCAUGUACCUGUUCUACAUCAUUUCUCUUCUGGCCCUGUUUACCAACUUUGACCGCAAGACUUACGGCAAGAAGGACGGCCAGAAGAAGCAGAAGAAGCAGCAAUAAGCCGGGACAUGACCCUGCGGCCAAAUUGCGACCGUAGCUCUCGCUCUUUGCUUGGCGUGCCCAGCUGCUGGUAAAUCAGCUUGUUUCUGUUUGACAAAUCCGGUCCGCGUGUCUGCUUUUUUUUUUUUUUUUUUCCCCGACAUUGUUGUGGCACUUGUACUGUGUGUACCUCUUCCAUCCGCAACCUCUGCGCCCCAUGUGCUUCCCUUGCUGUGUCCAGCCGCUGUGUGCUUCAGUUUCGAGUCGACCGUUGCAAGCGGUCUUGACGCCUCCUUCUGGCCCUCAUUCUUCUGGUCUCCUUUGUCUGCUGGCGAAAUUGAUCCAUGUGCC